AUGAGAAGUGAAAAGCCCCUUGUGACCAUGGAAGACAGCUGGAGGCCUGAUGACACUGCAGGGCAGAGCGGCCCCUGUCCCGGGCUGGCACCCGCCGCUCCGGACCAUCUGGGGGCGCCGUACUCCGAAGCCUGGGGCUACUUCCAUCUGGCCCCGGCUCGGCCGGGGCACCCGACGGGCACCUGGGCCACCUGCCGGCUGUGCGGAGAGCAGGUGGGCGGCCAUCCGGGCUUCCAGGCGUGGACGCGGGCCCUGUGGCGACACCUGAGCGGCGCGCACCUGCGGGAGCUGGAGAAGAGCGGGGCUCGGAGCUCGCCGCCCGCGGCGCCCUGCCCUCCACCGCCCGGCCCCGCAGCCUUGGCCGCAGAGGGCGACUGGGCGCGCCUGCUGGAGCAGAUGGGCGCCCUCGCCGUGCGCGGCAGCCGGCGGGAACUGGAGCUGGAGCGGCGAGAGGCGGCCCUCCGGCAGGCGGAGCGCGCGCUAGAGCGCAGGCGCAGGGCUCUGCGGCAGGAGGAGCGCGCCAUGGCGCAGGCGCGUCGCCAGCUACAGGCCGAGCGCGAAGCGCUGAGAACCUGGCUUCGAGAGCAGAGCCCAGGGGUCGGGUUCUCGGCACCUCCCUCUCCUCGGCCUCUGCUGCUCAAGGAGGAUCCUGAUGGGGACGUCCCCGGCGACGUUAUCACCAAGGUCCUGCUAUAGCGAGGCCACUCUGUGCUUGGCAGCGCCCCCAAGGACUUCUUACUGGAGCCCGGAUAGGGUGCUCAGCAUGGACCACAUAGCAUGAGAUUUACUCCAGCAACCUCAUGGUAGUGCCUUAGGGCUGGAGGCUCUUAAAUUCAGAAGGCUCACUAAACACCAA